AUUCCCCCCUUCCCAACUUAAAGAAGACGACGGGCACAGCGCGGUAGGGUACGGUGGAAUGGCGUCCGGAGGCAUCGCACGCGGCCGCCUCGCCGAGGAGCGCAAGUCAUGGCGCAAGAGCCACCCCCAUGGCUUCGUGGCCAAGCCGAGGACGCUGCCGGAUGGGUCCGUCAACCUCAUGGUCUGGAACUGCAUCAUCCCCGGCAAGGAAGGCACUGACUGGGAGGGUGGAUAUUUCCCCCUCACUCUCCAUUUUAGUGAAGAUUACCCAAGUAGCCCUCCCAUCUGCAAGUUUCCAGCAGGUUUCUUCCACGUCAAUGUCUACGAUAAUGGGGAAGUAUGCCUGUCUAUCCUUGGUGAUGCAUGGAAGCCUUCCAUCACAGUGCGGCAAAUUCUGAUAGGCAUCCAGGACCUGCUUGAUAACCCAAAUCCAGCGUCCGCUGCGCAGCAUUUCUGUUAUCAGUUCUUUGCGAAGAAUUUGCCAGAGUACAAGUAUCGUGUUCGUCAGCAGGCCAAGCGUUAUCUUCACUUCUAGCCUUGGACCGCCUGCAAGAUACUAGCAGCUAACCAUUACUCAUUUUCGUGGAACCGGUGAUUGUGCUUAUCAUUCAUCAUUGGACUCAAAUCCUGUGAUUAUGAUGCGGUGUGGGGAAUUGGCAACAUAGCAGUAGGCUUCUUGGAACUGCUAAAUGCACUUUGAGUACAUCUUAAAUAAUUAUUAUGGCUUAUCAGCAUACUGCGCUGCCUAAACAGCGGGAAACUUUCGUACUAAUGUGCUUUAUAUUGUUCUUGCAAAUAUAAGGAAUUCCCAUUUUCUUAUAGCGGUUUUCUCCCCGGAUUCCAUUAGCAGAGUGCCGAAAUUACGGAAAGUACCUUGCUAGCAGCUUGAAAGCUCAACAGAAAAGUUAAAAUCUGAGAAACCAGGUGGAAAAGU